AUGAAACCCGACAAUCUUGCAUCGCAUCCAUCACAGAAUGAUAUCGACGAGGUCGAAAUUGAGGUGAAGUUUGUUGGACUGAACUUUCGCGAUGUCAUGGUCGCAUUAGGCAUUAUGUCAAACAAAAACGAAUUGGGAAUGGAGGCCAGCGGUAUUGUACGAAAAUGCGGUCCUGGUGUUAAGCAAUUCCAGCCGGGAGAUAGAGUCGUAAUAAGCGGCCCUGGAGUGUUUCGCACACAUGCUGUUGUCUUUACAAGCAAAUGUGCACUUCUGCCGCCAUCGCUUUCAUUAGAAGAUGCCGCUUCUAUACUUGUAGUUUACAUUACAGCACUUUACUGCCUCAUGGAUAUUGGGAGAUUGGAGAAAGGACAGUCUGUGCUGAUCCAUGCGGCUUGUGGGGGAGUCGGUCUAGCUGCCGUGCAGCUAUGUCAGAUGGUUGGAGCAAGGAUCUACGCCACCGUCGGCAGUGAGCAGAAAACACAGUAUCUAAUAGAUAAUUUCGGCUUGGCUCGACAGCAAGUAUUUAGCUCACGUGACACGUCCUUUCUUCCCAAGCUGAUGCAGGAGACUCAUGGCCAAGGUGCUGACAUUGUCCUCAAUUCACUGGCUGGAGAGCUUCUUCAGGCGUCUUGGAAAUGUGUUGCCGAAUUUGGCAAGAUGAUAGAAAUUGGCAAGAGAGACUUCAUGGAGCAUGGUACAAUAGGUCUAAAGCCAUUUGGGAGCAACCGGGCAUUUUUCGGCGUCGACCUAAUUCGCCUUAGCGAAAAGCCGGGGUUUACUGACAGACUCUUCCGACAAGCACUGCGACUAUACGAAGAAGGGAAGAUAUCCCCAAUUCGCCCCCUAGCGGUGGUAUCCGGCACUGACACUCCCGAGGCAUUUCGCUCCCUACAGCAGGGUCGGCAUUUGGGGAAACUUGUGGUGAAGAUGCCAGGCACAUCCCGAACGGGUCUGAUGGCAAGAUUUCGAUACCAAGUAAGGCUGUCACCCAAUGCAUCCUACAUUCUUGUUGGUGGCCUUGGGGGUAUUGGACGUAUAAUGGCUUCCUGGAUGGUGGAGCGAGGUGCUCGAAACCUGAUUUUCCUAUCCCGAUCAGCGGGAGAGACCAGCAAGGACAGGUCGUUCAUUCGUGAGCUCGAGGUCCAGGGCUGUACAGCUAUCACGAUGACAGGAGACGUGGCUGUUAUGGGCGAUGUCCGGGCUGCAAUCCAUGGUUGCCCUUUGCCAGUUGCGGGAGUCCUUCAGCUUUCUAUGGUAGUUCGGGACCAAUUCAUACCUGACAUGAGCCAUACGGACUGGCAAGAUACUCUUUCCGCCAAGGUCACAGGCACGUGGAAUCUUCAUCAUACAUUAACAGAGUGCAACGCCAACCUUGACUUCUUCGUUGUUUGUGGCUCCAUAACGGGCGUUAUGGGCAAUGCUGGACAGGCGAACUACUCAGCAGCGAAUGCAUUUGUGUCUUCAUUCGCCCAGUAUCGCCGACAAAAGGGACUUCCAGCCUCUGUGGUGAAUUUAGGAGGAGUUGAUGAUGUGGGAUUCUUAGCAACGCAGGAUAUCAAGCUUCGCGAGAGAAUGCGCUCAGGAUCAGUCCGACUGUUGAGUGAGCAAGAGGUUAUGGAUGCAUUUGAGAUUGCCAUCUUCCAUUCAAGCCCCAGACAAAGCGCAAAGCCUCCUGAGCCACUCCGUAUAGAAGGCAAUCUGAUUGUUGGGAUGAGUAGCACAAAGUCUCUUGCUGACCCUUCGGUUCGCCCCUUGUGGGGACAAGAUGCACGUUUCCGUUUCUACGAUAAACUGGACUUGCAACAAGGGCCAUCUCAUGACAAGUUGGAAGGUGCCGCUCGUCUCCGUAAUAUGCUUGCUACUCUUGAGAAAGAACCUGAGAUACUGAAUGAUCUUUCCCAAAAGAAGCAGUUUGUAGUCGAGACUGUCAAAGCUAUCCAAGAGUAUUCGGCUUUUGCGCGUGGUCAGACCUACCACCAGGUGGCUACCAUGCCUAUCGACUCUCUUAUGACUGUCGAAAUUCGAAACUGGACCCGCCGCUUUCUGAGAUUGGACCUAUCACUGGUAGCGAUUACCAAGGCAGCCACUAUUGAGGGGUUGGGUGAACUCUUAUUCGAAACCAUGCGCUCUAAAUACCUGAAGUAG